AUGGAUUUGGAUGAGAAAGAGAAACAGUUGGAGGAGCAACAGAAUCGUGUGCAGAGCCUGUCCAAUGUUCUCGCGAAACAGCAGAACGUAGGGAGCCUGGAAUUGCAAAAGAUGCCCAUGUCAGUCAGAGGGUUGCUGAACCACCAGAAAGAUCAUCUCAACAGGCCAAAUCGACAGGGACAGAAGUGA